AUGGAGUCUGCAGCCUGGAGGUCGUCUGAAAGGGAUGUGGAGUGGUUGCUUAGCAACAGUGAUGGAGUGUUGGAGUGGUUGCUUAGCAACAGUGAUGGAGUGUCGGAGUGGUUGCUUAGCAACAGUGAUGGAGUGUUGGAGUGGUUGCUUAGCAACAGUGAUGAAGUGUUGGAGUCGUUGCUUAGCAACAGUGAUGGAGUGUUGGAGUGGUUGCUUAGCGACGGUGAUGGAGUGUUGGAGUGGUUGCUUAGCAACGGUGAAGGAGCUUGCAGCGCCUCCUCCUGGUCCUCCUGGUUCCUGCGUCUCAUUCUGACGAGGAACACCGACUGGACCGGAGCCGGAGCCACACAGAACCUGCUGGUUCCUAAAGUUCUGGGUUUUUGGACCGGGCCGCCAGGCUGUGUGACUGGAACCAACCAGUACAAGAUGUUCUUUGGACGCGGAACCAGUUUAACCAUCAGAACCACGGAUCGGACCAGCUCUGAAGGUUCUGUUGGGUCCGGGCCCGGUUGGGGUUUUUGUUCUGACGGUUCUGGCUGUGUGACUUAUUCCUCUGGAGGGAACCGGAUUCUGUUCGGAUCCGGGACCAGGCUGUCGGUGACCAGCAAGGAAGAAAUUGAGCCGGAUUAUUACGAUCUGGGUCAGGAUGACGACGGAACCACAGUUUGUCUGGCAACUGGAUUUACUCGACUCAAGGCCGGGUUUGAGAACGGAUCGGCCAGCCCGAUAAGAAAUGACAGAGGGGAACCAACAGGUUUCUACAGCCAGGUGGCCUUUCAGGGAGACGGAGUUAAAUGUGGAGAUAACAGCAUAGAACCGGUCCAGUGUGACGCCAGUCUGGAACCAGAUGAGAUGGUGAAUCUGGCCUCCAUCACCAUCUUCGGCCUGAGAGUCAUCUUCAUGAAGACGGUGGCCUUCAACGUCCUGAUGACGCUGCGGCUGUGGAUGAGUCAGUGAUUUGUUGAGGACGGAGGAAACGACCCGGACCGACCCGGACCGAUCUGGACCGAUCUGGACCGACCCGGACUGAUCCGGACCGACCCGGACCGACCCGGACCGAUCUGGACCGAUCUGGACCGAUCUGGACCGAUCUGGACCGACCCGGAUCUGGAGGAUCUGUAGAUAAAACUUCCUGUUAAAAACCUAAACGGAGCAAAUAUGAAGUUAUAAACAUGAUUGUCUUAAAGUCACUUCUAAUGUUUUAUUCCUGAUGAAUGAAUUAUUGUUUGAUGUUUGUGUAAAUAUUAGUUUCAUCUAAAACAGAAAUAUGUAGUUUUAUGACCGACUGUGUGGAACUUCAAAAUAAAAUAAAAAACAAAAAUAAA